AUGACAGUGAGCCCGCGCCGAACAGGAAGUCGGCCGUUCCGUUCAGCGUGGUGUUUGCGGCCAUUGCUCGGUGGUGUCCUGCUGCUAGUGGCCUUCGGUGGCGAAAGCGGCUGGAGUUCGAGGGCAGCCCUGCCGACGGAAUCAGCCCCGAGCUCCACCGAACGGAUGGAGACGGUUCCGGAUGGCGUCGUGCUGGAGGGCAACAACGGGUCGGUGGUGGAUCAGCGGGCAAAGGAUCAGGAGCACCGAAGCGAAAACUUCAUUUCGGACAGCCCGGAAGGAUCGCUGCCAGUGGUCGAGCUGAAACGGGGUCAGUGUCGCUGCUGGAACUCGUCCGAGGAGGCCGUCGGCGAGGUACAGUGCCGCUGUUUGGGCCAAUCGAUCGUUCGAGUUCCGCAAAAGCUGAUUCCGAUGCAGCGCCUAACGCUGGAGAAGGUCGGCGUCAAGCGACUGCGCACCAACGCACUGACGGUGUACGCGGACACACUGGAGGAUCUGUUUCUGAUCUACCUGAAGGAGUUCCACCGGAUUGAACCGUCCGCAUUCUCCAAACUACGGCACCUACGGACGCUUUACAUCGCACACGCACCGAAGCUCGAGUUUCUGCCAGCGGAUGUAUUCGAGGGCAUCUCGUUGAAGCUGAAAACUCUGAGAAUCAUCCACAGUGGGCUGCUCGCGGUGCCCGAUCUGCGCGUUCUGUCCGACCACAUAAUAAUGCACAUGGUCGAUUUGGAUGGCAAUCAAAUUCGCCAAAUCUACGAGCGCUCGAUUCAACUGAAGACUGACGAGUUAAUUCUCGACAACAAUGCCCUGACGGAAAUUCACGACUCGGCGUUUCACGGUUCCGAAAUUGCCACACUGAGCAUCAAACUGAACUACAAGCUGAAAGACAUCCACGACAAUGCCUUCGUUGGAAUAAGCAACAUCAGGGAGCUGGAUCUCUCUGGGACUGCUAUCGAGGAGCUGCCAACCAAAGGACUGUCGGAGCUGGAGGUGCUACGCAUACAGAAUACCCAUUCGCUGAAAACCAUUCCUUCCGUUUACAAUUUCAAGAACCUGCGGACCGCCUACCUGACACACUCGUUCCACUGUUGCGCCUUCAAGUUUCCUGCCCGCCAUGACCCGGACGCCCACGAGCGAAACCUUAAGAAGUUCUACGAGGCGCAGGACAGCUGCAUUCGGAAGGGAUACUCUACGCCGCAGGUCAAGUUGGAGGUGGCCUCAAGUGCCGAGACGCUGCCGGCAGCGUCAACCGGAGCGGAUGUCGCCGAACAACAGCACGUAGGAUCGUCUCGUCGUAAGCGGCGUCGUGCUUCGGUUGACUUUCGCAGUUGGUUUCGAAUGGCGACGGGAAGCGAUGGAGAGAAACCACCGGUGGAUAGUGAACCUUUGCGGAAGGGCAUCGACCUGUCGGACAAGCGGAUGGGAGAGAUCGUGGACGAUAGCUUCCUGCAGCCCAUCACCGGACUUCCGUUGCCAGAGGAUGGAGGAGGUGGAGGAGGAGGAGGACGGACUGCGGUGGAGAGUGGUGGGGGAAUGUAUACCGAAAACCCGUUGGAAUUUGGCGUGUUUCACGAGACGGUAGCCCACAUUCCGUCGAUGGAGGCGCUGUGCGGGAACUUGACACCAAUGAUAUUUGACGUCAAGUGCUACCCGAUGCCGGACGCGUUGAAUCCGUGUGAGGACGUGAUGGGUUCGCACUGGUUGCGUGGUUCUGUGUGGCUGGUGGUACUGUUGGCCGUCUUCGGUAACGUGGCUGUCGUUGUGGUACUGUUCUCUAAUCGCAGCGACCUGACCGUGCCCAAGUUCCUGAUCUGCAACCUGGCGUUUGCGGACCUCUGCAUGGGCCUGUACCUGCUGCUGAUCGCAUCGAUCGAUGCGCACUCGAUGGGCGAGUACUUCAACUACGCGUUUGACUGGCAGUAUGGCGUCGGGUGCAAGGUGGCCGGCUUUCUGACCGUCUUCGCCAGCCACCUGUCGGUGUUCACGCUCACGAUCGUCACGCUGGAGCGCUGGUUCGCGAUCACGCAUGCGAUCUAUCUGAACAGGCGCAUCAAACUGUCAGCGGCCACGUACAUCAUGGUGAUCGGAUGGUUGUACGCCUUCGUGAUGGCUUCCAUGCCGCUGUUCGGCAUCAGUAACUAUUCGUCCACCUCCAUCUGCUUGCCGAUGGAGACGCGCGACAGCUGGGACGUGGCCUACCUGCUGACGGUGCUGGUCGUCAACGGGUGCGGCUUCGUCGUGAUCGUCAUCUGCUACGCCCAGAUUUACCUUUCACUCGGCAAGGAGACACGUCAGGCGGCACGGACGGCACACAGUGGUGAGAUGACGGUUGCAAAGAAGAUGGCGCUGCUGGUGUUCACUAAUUUCGCUUGUUGGGCGCCGAUCGCAUUCUUCGGGCUGACGGCCAUCGCCGGCUACCCAUUGAUCGGCGUGAGCAAGUCGAAGAUCCUGCUGGUGUUCUUCUACCCACUCAACUCCUGCGCCAACCCUUACCUAUAUGCGAUCCUCACCAUGCAGUACCGGAAGGAUUUUUUCUCUCUGCUGGCGAACUACGGUCUCUGCACGCAGCGCGCCCAGCAGUACAAAAUGACCUACUCGAUGCCAACCAACACUUUCCAGGUUGCGCCGGCCCGCGGUUCCGUGAACUACAACAGCAGCGCCAACGGGACGAUCACGUCAGCCGCUGGAAUGGCCGCCCUGGCGAACAACAACAACAAUACGGACACCAUCACCACCACCGUCACGUGCGGAAGCAGCUCGGUGCUGGGCGGCAGCAAUGGCACCGUCUCCCAGCAACCGGCGGCAGCGCUCUGCAGCUUCAGUGCCCCCAACGGGACGACCGGCCAGCCGGCGAACGAACUUGAGAACGAAACAUUCCUCUAG